AUGUCGUACAAAAAACAGUCGAAUCUAAGUAGCCGAACUAAGAGAAGAAGAGUUGAAGAUGAACUCAGAAAUAUAGCUUCAUUUAUUUCAGACCCCAUGAUUAAUCAUAAUGUUAUGCCACAAUCCAAUUCAUCAAAAAUCAAUUUUGUCCCAGGAGUAAACUCAAAUUCGAAUGUAUUUGUAUCUACUUCUAAUAUUUCUGAUGAAAAUGUUAAUUUUACACCUCCACUAAGAAGUUCAAAUGAAUCAAUUCUUCAAGAUUAUUUAAAUAAUGAAGCUUUAGAAAAUUUAUCAGAAAUUAGUAUUAAUAGUAAUAGUGAAAGAGAGUCUUCAUCAGAUGAACACGUAUUAUGUAUUAGAUUUUAA